CCCCCGCCCCGCCCCUCCCCUCGGGCUCUAUUUCCAUCUCCAGGCUGGCGGGGACUGUGCCUGGCUGGUUCCGUGGUUGCCACGCAACGCCCCGACGCGGCUGGCCUUGGAAGCGCAGGUUUCCAGAUUGGGCAGACCGCGGUUUCUCUGUCCGGUCUCCGGCCAUGGCUUCGUUACGCGGUGCCUCCCCCAAACUGAGGAACUACUUCAGGGACAACUACAUCCCUCAGAUCUGUGAGGCGCUGUUAUGUGGGUUACUUGUGACAUGUCCUGAGGACCCACUGAGGUAUUUAGAGAAAAUGAUCAUAACUAUCAUUCAGAGUGGCCUGGAAAACCUUCUUUGGGACAUGUGCAUUGAUCCAUCACUGAAACCAAAAAUUCGAAGACUUUCUGAAACUUACUUGGAACAACUUUUUGGACUGGAUGACCAGCUGGUUACUCCAGAGUUGAUGAUAAAAGCAUGUACAUUUUACACUGGACAUUUAAUAAAGAGUCACUUUGGUGGUUGGAGGGAAGUUGCAAUACCUCGUAUAAAUCAAGAAGCUAUCAUGGCUGAAAAAAUGAAUAAAGCGAUAGCGCACUGCAAGUUUAAAUGUCAAAAAUUGGUUUUUAAUCACUGGUUAUCUUAUGUGGAAAGCCAUAAAGAAAGGCUUUUAGCCUCACUGUUUCGGUUGCGACAGAUCUUCUCUAUCCAAAGGCAAAAAGUUAUCCUAGCAAAAUGGAAGGAGAAUGCCAGACGCAAGUGUAAAAGAAGAGAAGAAAACUUGAUUUUAAAUCACGAACUUCAGUUGAGGAACUGGAAAUCCAAAGCAACUGAUGAAAAGAGCCUUGGCCCUGAGCAGAGUUACUCUGAGGCUGUUGUCACGAAACCUGUAGAAUUUGACAUCUCGGCAUUACCCCAAGAAGCAAUAACGCAGAUUUUCUCGUACCUCACUUUUAGAGAUACGAUCAGAUGUGGUAAAGUCAACCACUCGUGGAUGGCAAUGACUCAGAGUGGCUUCCUGUGGAAUGCUAUUGAUUUUUCCACAGUAAAAAACAUUGAAGACAAAUUUGUAGUGACUACUUUGCAAAAGUGGCGUCUAAAUGUGCUGCGCCUGAACUUUCGAGGCUGUUUCUUCCGAACAAAAACUCUGAAAGCUGUCAGCCACUGUAAAAACCUGCAAGAGUUGAACGUCUCAGACUGCCAGUCUCUCACAGAUGAAUCAAUGAGACACAUUUCUGAAGGCUGCCCUGGGGUCCUGUAUCUCAACCUGUCCAACACAACUAUCACCAACAGGACUAUGCGCCUCCUGCCCAGGUACUUCCCCAAUUUACAGAACCUCAAUCUGGCUUACUGCCGAAAGUUCACGGACAAAGGCUUACAGUACCUGAACUUGGGGAACGGAUGCCACAAACUCAUCUAUCUGGACCUUUCCGGCUGCACCCAGAUCUCAGUGCAAGGCUUCAGGAACAUUGCAAACAGCUGCACAGGGAUCAUGCACCUCACCAUCAACGACAUGCCAACCCUGACCGACAACUGUGUCAAAGUCUUGGUUGAGAAGUGUCUCCAAAUUUCAACGGUGGUUUUCAUUGGCUCACCACACAUCUCUGACUGUGCUUUCAAAGCUCUUACUUCCUGUAACCUCAAAAAGAUCCGAUUUGAAGGAAACAAAAGGAUUACUGAUGCAUGCUUCAAAUACAUAGACAAGAAUUACCCAGGUAUCAAUCACAUCUACAUGGUGGACUGCAAGACACUAACAGACAGCAGCCUCAAGUCACUUUCAGUUUUGAAGCAAUUGACAGUGUUGAACUUGACCAAUUGCAUAAGGAUUAGUGAUGCUGGCCUGAGGCAAUUUCUUGAUGGUUCUGUGAGUGUGAAGAUAAGAGAACUCAAUUUGAAUAACUGCUCCCUUGUGGGCGAUCCCGCCAUUGUGAAACUGUCAGAGCGCUGCACUAAUUUACACUAUUUGAGUUUACGAAAUUGUGAACAUUUGACUGACCUGGCAAUUGAAUGUAUUGCAAACAUGCAAUCCUUGAUAUCAAUAGAUCUUUCUGGAACAUCCAUCUCACAUGAGGGCUUGGCCUUACUUUCCAGACACAGGAAGCUGAGGGAAGUUUCUCUGUCUGAGUGUACCAACAUCACUGACAUGGGAAUUCGGGCAUUCUGUAGAAGCUCGAUGAACUUGGAACACUUGGAUGUCUCCCACUGUUCCCAGCUGUCAGAUGACAUUAUAAAAGCAGUAGCCAUUUUCUGCACUCAAAUUACAUCUCUCAACAUCGCAGGAUGUCCCAAGAUUACUGAUGGAGGGUUGGAGACAUUAUCUGCAAAGUGCCAUUAUCUGCACAUUUUGGAUAUCUCUGGCUGUAUCCUACUUACAGACCAGAUCCUUCAGGACCUUCGAGUUGGCUGCAAACAACUCCGGAUCCUCAAGAUGCAAUUCUGCAAGUCCAUCUCUGUGGCAGCAGCUCACAAAAUGUCCUCUGUGGUCCAACAUCAGGAAUACAGCUCUCGCAACCCUCCAAGAUGGUUUGGCUAUGACUCUGAUGGCAAUCGUCUUGCAGAGACUCAUCAUAGAAUGCAACUCAGAAAAAAGACAGAACUGUUAGUCAAAGACACAUUCAGCAGUGACGAGGAAAGUUCAGACUCCAACCUCAAAUAGGGAAAACAAAACUUCUGGAACUGAUAAUGUUUCUUCACGCGAUGUUAAGUUGCUGUCCCAAUAACAACAAAAAAAGCAGCAUGCCUCUGCUUCUUACUUCAAAAGCAAACAUCACCUUUAUCUAAUGAGACUCCAAGGCAACCCGAUAAAGUUAUUUUUAAACAUCUAUUUACUUAAUGUGAGUCUGUGUGUGUAGGAGUCCACAAAGGCCUGAAACUGGUGAUAUAGUUGACUGUGAGUGUUAUGUAGGUGCUGGGAACCAAACCUGUGUCUUCAAGCCAGUAAAGGAAUAACCACUAGGCCAUCUCUCCAGCUUCAAACAAACUAACUGUGGACAAGAUGAUCAGAUCUAAUGUUACAAUGUAGGGAACAGAUGGGAAAGGCACACAUUUUUUUUUUCAAGUAGGUAUUGCCCUCCAGACAGGAAAAGAAAGUGGUCACAGCCACAAAACUAGCCAACUCUGGAGCCAAGGUGAUGACUCUGGGGAUCAGUAAAGGAUUGUUUAUAAAUGACAGGGACUCACAUCUUCAAAGGCAAAGAAGCUUUUUUGUAAUUUCCUGACAUUCAUUUGACAAUAAAGGAAAGCGAAAAGUCAGCCCUAGAUUCAACACUCAAAAGAAGCAAAUGAAAGAGAAACAAGAGCAAUGUGACCAGAAAGAGAGCUCCUGUGACACCUCAUUUCUUCUUAUCAUGGCUGGGCUACACAGGAAUUUUAACUAUGAAAUGCCAAGAAGACAACACAAAGCACCUUCCAGUUGGUUUCUACAAAGAAAUGACCUUUAAUUAAUAUUUAAAAACGAAUUUAACAUGCUUCUAUCAUGGGUUUUUACCAUAUUCCAUCCAUUAUCGUUACCAUUAUAGGAUCUGCUGUUGCCAGAACAGGAGGGAGGUCUUUUUUGACAGGUACACACAAGCUGUGUCAGUGACAUUAGCUCAGCCUUUUCCCUAGCUCCUCAGUUACUUACUAUUAAAUGAGGUUAGCCAGCUUACUUACAAAAUUGGAAUGAAGGUAAAAAAAAUUAAAGGAUAAUAAAGUUUUAAAAGGCCUUACACUGUAUUACUUUUGGGUAUUCUUUAUCAGUUAAAUGCUUUUAAAUAACUUCCCUCCCUCUUUUUGAAUGCUUUUGAAAUCAGUGGUAGAAAGGCCCAUGGGAGUCAGAGCAAGGGAACCUGUUACAUAGCGAGUCUGAAGAUCUGAGCCAAAUGACCACGGUAUGAGUGAGACUGGGAACUAAAUUUGGAGGCCUGUAGCAGCUUCGUGAGAGCUGGCUUCAGAAGUCUGACCUGAGUGUUUCAUGUGCAUGGCUAGGAGACAUAAAAGAGGCAGCUGGCUUCUAAGAGAGAUGUCUGCACGGGGAAGAACAGGCCAAGGAAAAACAUGCCUGCUAUACUGCCGAGACGCAGGAGGUGGCUUUAUGACCAGACUCUUUCCUUUAAUCUUUUUUUUUAGAUAUAUUUUUAUUUAAUUUAGAAACAGUCAUAUUUUACACAUCAAUCCCAGUUCCCUCUGCCUCCCAUCCUCCCAUACCCCACCAGUCCCCCAACUCAUCCCUCAUCCACUCCCCAGGGAGGGUGAGGCCUUCCAUGGGGGGGGGGGGUCAUUAAAGUCUAUGACCAAACUCUUAAUGUCUUUUCAAAACCAAGAAUGAGAGGCCUGUUCAUUCAUCCCGAGGAGGUAAACUUCAGAGCUACAGAAAUAGAAGGGGUAGGAAUCAGAAAAGCGAGCUAUGCAAGGAAGACAUUAUGUACAAUUCCACUAAUAACUAACUUUAAGCAUUCUUAGCUGAAUUCUAAUUCAUGACCUUUUGGGCUGUUGUUGACUACUUUUAUCAACUUUAUUUUUAGUCAUGAAAUGUUUUUCUAAUUGCCUCAGAGUGAAAAAAUAUUAUAAAAAUUGCCUUACUGCCUCACUAUUUCCUUUGCUUCACAGCUGAACACACAAUCACCACACAAAAUAUCCCAGCAUGUGAGACAUUUCCUUUUCCUAUAAAUUUUGAUUUCAUUAAGAGUGAAUUCUAAGGGGACAGCCACAGACCAACAAGGCUGAUUUUGUUUCACAAAUAAGAUAUUAGAAAGAAGGUAAAGAAAUGGGGCAUUAAUAAAAGGAGACUUGUAAUUAGAAACGUUUAUUUAAAAUCUGUGUUUAAUCACUGAUUUGUCCAAAUCAAAAUAUAUAAUCCAACAAAUGGAUCUGUUCAGUAUAGUAUAGUUUUGAAUCCACGAAGUCAGUCUAUAAAACAUGGCUUAUAAAAGUAUAUUUGUAUCUUUAUACAUCCCAUAGUGAGGCACAUCAUAACCUACACAAGACACAGUCAAAUCAGAAGCACCUGGUUCACCUACAUGGUAUUUUAUUCAUAACUUAAAGACAUGCCAUAGGAGGUACUAACAAGAAAAUGUGUUCCGUGGGUGCUACAAUGCCAACAAUCCCAAGGUGAUUCCAACAAUGACUUUCCAUAGUCAUCUCUUGGGUGGGAGCUGUGGAAACCAUAUAAUAGUCCCAUAAUCAUGUUAAAUAUCUUGGCAAACCAAGCAGAGAUUUCUCCAGGUUACAAGAAUGUCAGACAUUCAGAGCACAAGAAGGACUCUGCGUGUUUUGCUUGAAGACAGAGGGCCCACAAGGGGAUGGAGAUGACAUGUCAUUAGAAGGAGUGAGUGAUUGUGGAACCCAGCAAGAAAACGAUGUCAUACAGGCACAAGAAAUUUGAUUUGUUUCCUAUAAUGUGAGGGAACUUGGGAGACCUCUCGCCGCAGUCCCCAGAUAAUAUUCCCAGCCUGGCCACCAUCUUUACUUCAGCUAUGUGACACCGAGCACAAGGCCAACAUUACCAAUUAUAAACUGGGGUUUUUUUGUUGUUGUUUUGGUUUUUCGAGACAGGGUUUCUGGAGCCUAUCCUGGCACUCGCUCUGGAGACCAGGCUGGCCUCAAACUCACAGAGAUCCAUCUGCCUCUGCCUCCCAAGUGCUGGGAUUAAAGGUGUGCGCCACCAACGCCCGGCCCAAUUAUAAGCUGUUAAAACAGUGAUCUGAAGUCAUUAAAUCUGUGGUAGAACCAUUCUCUUGCCCUCA